CAUGGCCGUCACGUCAAUGCCCUACUUUCAACAUGGCCGCCACGUAGGCAUGGGAGGAUCUAGUAUUAUUGUAUACCUGUGACCCGGAAAUACGUCAGUAUCAUUCUCUGCCUGCAUUGCGCCACAGCGCCAGUAAACACUGGCCAAUUCUGGAACUAACAGACUUUGUCAAUGGUAUUUUAAGUGACAAAUACAAACAAUUUUUGGACAUAUCGUUUAGUCCCAUCCGUUAUAUAGGGGUCUGUUUUAUCGAGGUUCCACUGUAUUGGCAUAUUUUUCCUCACAAUUCUGCUUACUUGGCUGUACUUCAUUAAUCUUACGUAUCUCAAGGGCAGUGGUCAGUCAACAAGUUUGCUCCGGUGAUUACUACUGAUUUUGAAAUCAUUACAUUGCAUAAUAGGGUGGCAAACUCAUCAGGCAUUCUUUGUGUUGUAUGUGGGCUCAUGUUUUCAUCACACUGUGUACAUAUACAAAUUAAUCGUAUUUCUGAAUUAGUUUGUGCUCCCCUUUUUUCCACACUUCUCUGUGAUGUCCCAGUUAGCAUUUGAUCUUUGGCAAAACUAAGUCUGCCUCCACUAUGGCUAGGUGGUGAUGCACACACACACACACACACACACACAAACAUAGUCUCUGCCAUCCCAGAGUCAGCUUUAAAACUGUUUAUUUACACCCCAGGUGAAGUUUACUGUAAAACUUAACACACAACAAAAAGAAUUACAUGCAUUGUAUAUUUAAAUACGACACAAAUAUGAUCGUUUUAGAAAUCGCAAGUUUAAUGGUAACAUUCAGUGGAAAACCCCAUUGACGGGCUAGCUAGAAUUUCCAUUAGGUCACGGAGGGGGGCUUUACCUUCAAAUAACGAAAAUUUAUACACAAACUCUGAAGUAACACAUACAGACAAUUAAUAUGACAAUACUCACUGCCAUAUAUUCUUCCUGAUCUGUGAAAAGUGAUUUAAAUGAAUGUUUAAUCGCUUCUUCUGUUCUUUAGCUUACUGCAAACGUCCAGCUCCAUGCAUGCACCACACUGCCCCACUAAAAUCAAAGACUUGGACUUGGACUCGGGUGGACAAAAUUUGAUCAGGACAUUCCUAAUGACAAUGAGCCAAUCCAACACAGACUGACAGAAAACAAGCAACUACAUACAAGCAAAUUGACAAGACAACCAGGCACACCUGAACAAGACACGAGUGGCUAGAUGGAGCUGAUUGGUAGACGCUAGGAGCAGGGUUACGAGAACAGGUGGAAACAAAAACCUAACGAGCAAGACAAGACAUGAACUUGGGUCACCAGAAAACAAGAUAUAACAUGAACCAAAACUAAAUAUAAUCUAAACCACAAAAACACAUCAUGAUAGGAGCACAGAUGAAGGACGCUAACCUUCUAGGAUAACCAGGCUAAAAUAGAUUCCAUCUAGGGAUUACGUUUAUAACAUUGUCUUAAUUAUUAUACGUGCACAUUCUUACUUGACUAAAUUACGUUUGAUUAAACAGCCAAAAUAUUUCAUAUUAGAUGUGUUUUUGCAAUAGGUCCUUCAUUUGGUUAAUGAGAGGCACAGUCGAAAGCUUUUUUUUGUUUAGUGGUACCAUUUUUAAUUGCGAUAGACUAGUUUGUUCAUUUUUCAUUCCAAUGUGAAUAGUAAAACGUAGUUUUGUUGUUAAAAUUAGCCUGUUUGAUACACACAAGGAGAGUACGGAAAGUAUUCAGACUGCCUUAAAUUUUUCACUCUUUGUUAUAUUGCAGCCAUUUGUUAAAAUCAUUAAAGUUCAUUUUCCCGACGCAUUAAUGUAAACAGCACCCCAUAUUGACAGAAAAAAACGGAAUUGUUGAAAUUUUUGCAGAUUUAUUGAAAAAGAAAAAAUGAAAUAUCUCACACAGCCAUAAGUGUGCAGACCCUUUGCUGUGACACUCAUAUAUUUAACUUGGGUGCUGUGUAUUUAUUUUGAUCAUCCUUGAGAUGGUUCUCGACAUUCAUUGGAGUCCAGCUGUGUUUGAUUAUACUGAUUGGACUGAUUAGGAAAGCCACAAACCUGUCUAUAUAAGACCUUACAGCUCACAGUGCAUGUCAGAGCAAAUGAGAAUCAUGAGGUCAAAGGAACUGCCUGAAGAGGUCAGAGACAGAAUUGUGGCAAGGCACAGAUAUGGCCAUGGUUACAAAAAAAAUUCUGGUACACUUAAGGUUUUAAGAACCCAGAACCCUUCCUAGAUCUGGCCGUCUGGCCAAACUGCAAUCGGGGGAGAAGAGCCUUGGUGAGAGGUAAAGAAGAACCCAAAGAUCACUUUGGCUGAGCUCCAGAGAUGCAGUCCGGACAUGGGAGAAAGUUCUAGAAAGUCAACCAUCACUGCAGCCCUCCACCAGUCGGGGCUUUAUGGCAGAGUGGCCCAACGGAAGCCUCUCCUCAGUGCAAGCCACAUAAAGGCCCGCAUGGAGUUUGCUAAAAAACACCUGAAAGACUCCAAGAUGGUGAGAAAUAAGAUUCUCUGGUCUGAUGAGAUCAAGAUAGAACUUUUUGGCCUUAAUUCUAAGCGGUAUGUGUGGAGAAAACUAGCCACAGCUCAUCACCUGUCCAAUACAGUCCCAGCAGUGAAGCAUGGUGGUGGCAGCAUCAUAUUGUGGGGGUGUUUUUCAGCUGCGGGGACAGGGAGACUGGUUGCAAUUGAAGGAAGGAUGAAUAUGGCCAAGUACAGGGAUAUCGUGGACGUAAACCUUCUCCAGAGUCCUCAGGACCUCUGAUUGGGCCGGAGGUUCACCUUCCAACAAGACAAUGACCCUUAGCACAAAGCUAAAAUAACAAAAGAGUGGCUUCAUAACAACUCCGUGACUGUUCUUGAAUGGCCCAGCCAGAGCCUGACUUAAACCCAAUUGAGCAGCUCUGGAGAGACCUGAAAAUGGCUGUCCGCCUUCUCCAUCCAACCUGACAGAACUGGAGAGGAUCUGCAAGCAAGGAAAGGCAGAUCCCCAAAUCCAGGGUCCACCAAAGAUGGAUUGUCUGUCUGACACAAAGUCAGACACUAAAGCAACUACCACCACAUCUGAACGGCCCCUGAAUCUUCAUCGCCCUUUCCCAGACAGCAAACUUCAUCCUUCUGGGAAGAAAACACCAACUCUUCAACACAACCCUCGGUCAUCUGCACCCUCUUCACCAAUACCUGCAUCUAAAGAACCUAGCUGUGAAGGUGUUAAAGCACCACAAUACACUUACAGCAAUGAAAGUCAAAGAGAUAAAGACAAGGGAUUUCAAAGCUGGGGAGCACCUACAGUCACUGAAAAAUUAGCUCAACUCAUAGCCACUUGUCCGCCGUCAAAGACCCCAAAGCCUGUCAAACCUGCUAAGACUGACCCUGCUACUUCCCAAUCAAGCUCAGGUUUUAUGACCCCCACAGCAAAGCAGCGAGACAGGGCUAUGGCCAAUAGGAACACCUAUUCAAGAAUGGUUCACCUUUCUCCCCCCCUACCAGUGUCACGACCUCCUGGUCGGCCCUACGGUUCUAGAAACAAAGAUGUUGCUAUGGAAAACUCACCCACCCUGACACCAACAAGGAAGGAGGACACAGAUGGAACUGGGAAACCUAUUAGCAGCAGUAUUAACAUGAGCAGUGGUAAGAGCAGUAGUCGCAGCAGCAGUCCAGCACUCAUAUACGGCAAUAACAGACUGCCUUCCUUGUCAAAGGACAGUAACAAUGACAACAUUAAUAGUAGCGUUCCCAAACUACAAUCUCGUCCUAUUCACUUCUCAUCCCACACCACAGCUUUGUCCUCGUGUCCUGUUUCAUCGUCCCCUACCACCACAGCUGAGCAAAAGACUUUGAGUCACAUAAGCUCCCCUGCUGACUCACAAGCAGACCAUGCACGAGAGACUUCUGUUGCUGCGGAGGAAGGCAUUGCAAGUCUGAGAGAACAGGGCAGCCCCAGAGAUUCGAACAAUUGCUGUCCUUCAACAGGAACAGCAAAGCCAGAAGGGAAAGACAAAGGUCAGUCAUUGCGAGUUGAGAGUGACAAGAGCUCAAGUCCAAGUAACCAUAGUCCCAAUCGGGAUAGUAGUCGUGUUGGUCGGACCAGCAACCCUGCAGAACCUGUAAUGCCAAGGGCAUCUUCUUCACCCGAGCCAGAAGGUGAAGACAGCCCGCAAACUCCUCUUCGAGAUGAUUCUCCAGAUUCAUCCAUAGAUUCUGCAACAGAGCAGGACAGUAAACCCCUUAAAAAACGAAGAGGAAGAAAGCCACGCUGGGGCCGUGCAAUGAGCAAGGUACAUAGUCAAAGAUCAGGCCUCGACAGUCCCUUUGACCAGAGCAAAACCACCAUGCCUUUAUCUUCAAGCCUGGAAACGUCAACUCCAGUUAAGAGACCUGUGGGGAGACCACCUAACCCAAAUAAAAUGAAACCAAAUACUCUGCCACAAAGUUCAAUGUCACGUCUCUUCACAUUGUCACCCGAGUCCAAAAAAAGGGGAAGGCCAAAGUCAAAGAUGCCAAGGCUUGACGCCCCAGCCCGUGGGCGCCCUCAUAAUAAAUUGACCACAUCUAAAGUUUACUCAACUUUUUUGAAGUCCAAAGAAGAGCAAGACCCUCCUGUGCUUCAUCCAGAGGUUGACCUAAGACCCCCUAAACCUAUCCCUCGAAAACGUGGACGCCCCAAGCGCCUCCCACCUACCUUACCCGAAGAGAGUCAGCCUCCCACAUUGGCUCCUGAGGCAGGGGACGUUGGGGACAAACGGUAUCACAGCAAAGGAAAUGGUCAGCUUAUUAUGAAAACAAUCAUAGGCAAGAUCAACAAGAUGAAAAGUGUGAAACGUAAGCGUAUUCUCAGUCAAUUCCUGUUAGGACCAAGAAAAGAAGACCCACCUAAAGUAUCUCCAAGUGCUGUGGUUGGAUCUGCAGAAGCUGCAACUCAAUCUUUGUCCUCCUUGGCAGCUUCUCUUGGGGGAAAACUUGGACCACAAAUAAAUGUUAGCAAAAAAGGCACAAUAUAUAUGGGUAAGAGGCGAGGGCGUAAACCAAAAAUAGUUAGUGCCACAGCUACAACAGCACCACCAGAACCCUUCUUGUCCCCCAGCACCACUUCUCUACAUCACCAUCCAUCUCAGCAACAGCAUCACCUUUCCUCUUCAGACAUAUUUCCUUCACCUUCUCUCUCACAGUCCAGUGGAGGCCAUAGUCCCAUCAGUGAUGCAAGCUUUGUUGAGCCAGGUUCAGUGCACUUUUCGGGUCACUCUCACUAUUCAAACCAUAGUCACAGCACAUUUGCUUUCCCUCCCCCGACCUUUUCAGCUCCAAAUCUCCGCAGUCCAGUCCCUGGCUCCUCUUUAACUAUGGCCACAGCAACCUCUCAGAAAAAGUCCUCUUUCCGUGGAUACCACCACCACCACUAUCGGCAGCAUUACCACUAUCGAAAGCUUUCCCCUCCUCGGCCACUCCAUCCUACCUCUCCUGCCCCCCUUAGUGAGCUGAAAGAAGCCACUCCAUCCCCAGUAAGUGAGUCUCACAGUGAGGAGACAGUCCCCAGUGACAGUGGUAUAGGAACAGACAACAACAGCACCUCUGAUCGUGGUGAAAAAGCAGGAGCAGGGGCCUUGGGUGGAAUCGGCAUUCCAGCUGCGAUAGGUAGUGGAUUAUUAAUGCCUGGUGUUAUUGGUUCCGCUAUGGGUCCAGGAAUGGGACUUAACGCUAGAGGCAGGCGGCGCCACUCCACUGUACUUGUGGAACAUCCCUCACCUUCUCCUUCUCCACAUUUGGCAAGGUUAUCACCUGAUACACGAAGACCUCACCCAGUAGCUGCUUCUACCUCCAUAAUGGGUCAUAAGGAAAAACAUAAACAUAAGUGUAAACGCCGUAGCCACGGAUGCCCAGGCUAUGAAAAGCUUAAGAGACAGAAAAGAAAACGCAAGAAGAAAUACCUACAACUCCGUUCUAGGCGGAUCGACCCCAACUUUCUUGCUGAACUGGAUGAGAUUGUCAUAAGGAUGAGUGAAAUCCGCAUAGCACAUCGUACCACAGGGCAUCGUCUUGGUGGUGGCGUAGGAAUAACAGCAGGAGCAAAUAGAAUGCCAGGAGUGGGCAACCGUGCCAGUGGCAUAGGUGGUACCAGUGGCCCUCCACCUCAUCAUUACAUUCACAGAGAUCUCUUGCCCACAAUCUUCAGGGUUAAUUUCGGCAGCUUCUAUUCCCAUCCUGCAUAUUCUUGUGAUCCAUUGCACUAUGUCCGUAAACCAGACAUGAAAAAGAAAAGGGGGCGGCCUCCGAAACUCAGAGAGUCUAUGUCGGAGGUUCCUUUUGUACCAGGGCUUGGCUUCCCACUGUCCAGCGGGGGCUUCUACCAUCCCUCCUACAGUGUUCCUUAUUCCUCUGGACCCCUCGGUUUGGGCUACUAUAGGGGCUAUCCUCCAGCUAGUGCUCUGUAUCCUCACCCACACCACCAGUCACCCCACACAGCCUCAUCUCACCACUCUCAUCAUUCAUCAACUUUCCCCCCUCCACCCCCAACAUCUUACAUGCAUCAUCAUCACCCUUCGCAUCUCCUGUUGAACCCUUCGAAAUUCCACAAAAAAAAACACAAGCUGCUUAGGCAGGAUUACCUAGGAGGACGUUCCCCUGUCCUUUACCCACCCAUGUCCUCUGAGCUGUCUUUCAACUGGCACCACAGGCACAAACAUAGACACAAACACAGAGAGAGAUGUGCUGACGAGAGCAGAGAAGAAGAAGAAACAAUUGGUGCAUCUUUAAAUCGCGGUGGGGCAGGGUUGUCUGACAGUGGAGCAUCAGGGAAAGGAGAGAGAGUAGGUAGCUUGGGAAUGGCAGAAUCUUUGCAACGAUGCAGCUUUGGACGGAGCACUUCCAGCAACAAUCCUAGCAAGCAAGCAGGUGUCACUUUAGCCAAUUCACCUUCUUCUUCGUCAUCGUCUUCUGCAGAUAGGUACAAACGCAAAGAAAGCUCAAUAUCCUGUCUAGGACCCUCCAGACUAGCUCUGGGGAGCAGCUCCAAAAGCCAGCACCCAGCAGAGUCCUGGUUCAGAAUGGGCACCUCUGAGACAGACUACUCUAAGCUUUCACGUCGUCAUGUAUUGCCCGGUCAGGGGCCCUUCUCAGAUGGACGGCCGGAAGAACUACCUGGUUGCUCUGACAGUGAGGAUGAGGGUCCUCUCACACCCACAAACGAUGUUGAGCCAAGAGGCCAUGAUUCUCCAAAUCUUACAAAUCUCUUUGCCUCUGCUCUCACUCGCACUAACUUGCGGGGAUGCAGGAACAGAAAGAAGGAGACGGCGCCAGAAAACACCAGCUUCUCCCAUAUGGACCGAACUUUAAGGAAAGACCGCUCAGUAUCAUCAGAGAGAAGAGAAUUAGGGCCUGCAAGCAUCCAGACAAGAGGUGGUGUACUCUCGACCUCAGAAGGGCCUGAAGGAUCCCUGCACCACCGACAACAGCUCCAUCACCAGUCUACUGUGUUUUACUCCCAUGGCUCAGCGUCCUCUUCCCACCUGUCCCCCUCCCAGGACUGUUGCCUCGAUGCCUCCCUGCCCCAUCAGUCUCAUCGGGUGCAGCAAUCCAAGCACAGCCUCCACCAUGUCAACAAAAUCUUGCGUGCUAAGAAGCUGCAGAGGCAAGCCCGUACAGGAAACAACAUGGUGAAAAAGAGGGGCCCUGGGCGUCCCAGGAAGCACCCAUUACCUUCACCACCACCGUCCCCACCUCCUGCUGUUGAAUUCAGUCAAAACCGGCACAGAGUGGGAGACCGACCAGCGGGGGACAGGAUGUGGGAUGAGGAUACUGUAAAAGAUACCAUUGAGGCAGUUGUCAAAGAGCAGCGUGGCAAAGGACAAAAAAGGAAACACUGGGAGAGAGAUGAAGGCGAAGAUGAAGGGGAGGUAGAAGACACUGUGGAGCAAUUGGCAGACAGAGAAGAGAAUGUGGGCAACCUGGUGGAAAGGUCCAGACCAGGAUCUGGAAGGUGCUGGCUUGCCCAGGAUGAGAAAAGUCACUUUCAGGGCUCUCUGGAGAGUAAUCCAGAUGGACACCGUUCCCCCCAAGCCCAAGACACUGUCUCCAGGGAACAAACAUCAACCACCCCCUUAACCAGCCAACGGGAGAAGAGACCGGCCAGACCUCCAAAGAAGAAGUUCCAGAAGGCUGGACUUUACUCUGAUGUGUUCAAGACUGAGGAUCCCCGGAGUCAGCUUCUGCAGCUAAAGAAAGAAAAACUGGAGUACAUACCUGGGGAACAUGAUUAUGGAUUGUUUCCAGCACCCAUACAUGUUGGGAAGUACCUAAGACAGAAGCGCAUUGAUUUCCAAUUGCCGUAUGACAUCCUGUGGCUGUGGAAACACGAUCAGUUAUACAAAAGGCCUGAUGUCCCUCUUUACAAAAAGAUCAGAUCAAAUGUGUAUGUUGAUGUAAAGCCUUUCUCCGGUUAUGAAACAACUACCUGCAACUGUAAAACUCCUGAGAAUCGCUCUGAAAAAGGUUGUCUGGAUGACUGCCUCAACAGGAUGAGCUUUGCUGAGUGUUCUCCCAGCACUUGUCCAUCUCAUGAGCAUUGCGACAACCAGCAUAUCCAGAGGCACGAAUGGGUGCAGUGUCUGGAGAGAUUCCGUGCUGAGGGCAAGGGCUGGGGCAUCCGCACCAAGGAGAGUCUCCGCUCUGGGCAGUUCAUUAUUGAGUACCUGGGAGAAGUGGUCAGUGAACAUGAGUUCAGGAGUCGUAUGAUGCAGCAGUACUUUGCUCACAGUGGCCAUUACUGUUUGAACCUGGAUAGUGGCAUGGUGAUUGACAGCUACAGAAUGGGCAAUGAGGCACGCUUCAUAAACCACAGCUGUGAGCCCAACUGUGAAAUGCAGAAGUGGUCAGUCAAUGGGGUGUACAGAAUUGGUCUCUUUGCGCUCAAGGACAUCAGCAGUGGUACUGAGCUCACCUAUGAUUACAACUUUCAUUCCUUCAACACAGAGGAGCAGCAAGUGUGUAAGUGUGGCUCAGAGAGUUGCCGAGGUAUCAUUGGAGGGAAAAGCCAGCGUGUCAACGGAUUACCUGGCAAGACGACUGGAACUCGGCGACUGGGUCGACUCAAGGAGAAACGGAAAUCCAAACACCAACUAAAAAAAAGAGAAGAAGAAUCAAGUGAUAGCAACAAGUUUUACCCUCACCUUAUGAAACCAAUGUCAAACAGAGAAAGGAACUUUGUGCUCAAGCAUCGAGUGUUCCUCCUGAGAAACUGGGAAAAAAUGAGGGAGAAACAGGAGUUACUCAAGCGAGAGGGUGAAAGAGAGAGAGACUCCAGCAGCCUGUCCAUUUAUACCCGCUGGGGAGGAGUCAUCCGUGAUGAUGGCAACAUAAAGUCAGAUGUUUUCCUCACACAGUUUUCAGCCCUGCAGACUUCACGGUCAGUGCGUACGCGGAGGCUCGCUGCUGCUGAAGAAAACACAGAAGUCACGCGCACUGCUCGCCUUGCACAUAUCUUCAAGGAGAUUUGUGACAUGAUUACCAGCUACAAGGAUUCAACCAGCCAGACCCUUGCUGCUCCGCUAUUGAACCUCCCGUCACGGAAAAGGAACAGCCACUACUAUGAGAAGGUGUCAGACCCUCUGGAUUUGAGCACCAUUGAGAAGCAAAUCCUCACGGGCCAUUACAAGACCGUUGAAGCAUUUGACACUGACAUGCUCAAAGUAUUCCGCAAUGCUGAGAAAUAUUAUGGGAGGAAGUCAUCCAUAGGCAGGGAUGUCUGCCGGCUGCGGAAAGCCUACUACAGUGCACGUAACGAGGCUGCCGUGCAGAUUGAUGAGAUUAUGGGCGAGACUGCCAGUGAGGCUGACAGUUCCGACUCACUUGAGCGUGACCGGGGCCACCACAAUGGAGCGGCCCAUGACAAGGAUGACGACAUUAUCCGUUGCAUCUGUGGGAUGUACAAGGAUGAAGGCUUGAUGAUCCAGUGUGAAAAGUGCAUGGUGUGGCAACACUUUGACUGCAUGCGGUUGGAGGCAGAGGUUGAGCACUACCUGUGUGAGCAGUGUGAUCCCAGGCCAGUAGACACGGAAGUUCCCAUGAUACCUCAACCCAGUUACGCCCAGUCUGGCUCUGUCUACUACAUCUGUCUCCUAAGAGAUGAGCUGCUUCUACACCAAGGGGACUGCGUGUACCUGAUGAGAGACAGCAGACGCACACCUGAGGGCCAGCCCAUCCGACAGUCUUACCGCCUCCUGUCUCACAUCAACCGAGACAAACUCGAUAUCUUCCGUAUCGAGAAACUCUGGAAGAAUGAAAAGGGUGAGCGAUUUGCUUUUGGCCACCACUACUUCCGUCCUCAUGAGACACACCAUUCGCCAUCACGGCGGUUCUACCAGAAUGAGUUAUUUCGCAUGCCACUCUACGAGAUCAUCCCUCUUGAAGCAGUGGUGGCAACCUGCUGCGUUCUCGAUCUCUACACGUACUGCAAAGGACGACCAAAGGGGGUCAAAGAGCCAGAUGUGUACAUCUGUGAUUACCGCUUGGAUAAGUCAGCUCACCUUUUCUACAAGAUCCAUCGUAACCGCUACCCAGUGUGUACCAAGCCAUACGCCUUCAACCAUUUCCCCAAGCGACUGACACCCAAGAGAGACUUCUCGCCUCACUACGUACCUGACAACUAUAAGAGGAAUGGCGGCCGCUCGGCAUGGAAAAGUGAUCGUUCCAAAGGAUCUGAAGGCUGCGAGGAUGACGGCUCUUCGUGCGAGCGGGUUGACGACUUCCCACCAGAGGCUGAAGACAGGAGAUCUGAGGAACACAUGGACGUGGCGACGGUUGGCCCUGAACUUUUAUCGGGCAAGACUCGACGAGAAGAAGGGGACAAUGAUGAAGCUGAAGAGGGGGGGGGAGGGGAAGCACCUGAGGCUGAGGAGCAAAAGGAACAGGAGGAAGCUUCCACAGAGAGGUUAGGGGAAACACUUGGGCAGCCGUCCUCCUCAGCUUGCUCUCCGCUCCACCACCCUGCCCUGGGCAGGAGGGAGGCCCAGAGGGAGCGGCUAAACAAGAUUCUCUUGGAUCUGCUGCACAGAAGCCCCCAGCAAGAAUGCCGUAGAUGUCUCUUAUCUCCUGGAAGAGGGUGCAGGGCGGCGCCUACGGCGACGGACACUUGGAUUUGGUGAUUUUGUUGGCAGAAAGUAACAUUUCGACAUGCCGGGCGAGCCGACUGCCAUUCACCUUCUAUUGCACGAGAGAUGAUAAGAAAGGAAAUGAGUCUAGUUGGCUAUUAAAACCUUCCAGACCAUAAUUGCAUCAUUUGGACCUUCUAGGUUACCUCUUCCAGGACUUUAUCAUCUCAAUAAUGAGAUGGUGGAGGGGGUUUGGAAGCUCCGACUUUAUGUCAAUCUGUUUUCAAGCAGUGUUUUUAAGAUGAACACAGGACAAAAAGCCCACACAUGAACUGAAAUGACACGUGGUACUGAGUAGCACACUGGCUGAAAGAUGGCUAUCGCUCAGUCAGUGCAGAUGAGAAUGCUGGAUAACUGCUCCCCCUUGUGGGGUUAUGCUGCCAUGUCAGUGCAUCGAAUGAGGGAGGGUUUGUGCUGGAACUUUUGGAGUGGAAGUAAACAAAUAGUGAUGCAAGAUGCUGCUCGUGAGAAAAAAGGGUGGGUAGACUGCACUUUUGGUACCAUGGAUAUAGUGAAGCUCUGUGUAAUGUAUCUGUAAUGAAAACACUAAAACAGUACUUGAUGCUGUAGUGUGGAAAAAACGCAAGUCUAUUAUCUUUCACCCGCUAUACUGUAGUCAGCCUACUCAUGUAGACACAGACAAGAUCUGCUUGUUUUUAAAGGAAGGGAGGGGAGAGCGCGUGUGCGCUUUUUGUCAAAGUGUAUUGUUGAGGUUUUGGUUUUGCGUUUUCUUUCCUCCUCCCCGUGAGACGCUCAAGCUUUUCAAUUGAUGGAUUCACCAGCUUAACUAAAUGAGGUGGGAGGGACACUGGCUUGAACUGUAACGCCUUACUCAGCUGUGCUCUCUGACUGCCUGUUUUGGAGGGUGUGCUUGCACACACUUAACUGUGUAUCUAUAGUCUACACGAUUUCCUGAAUAUUUCCUGUUUUUAAAGAAAAAAAAUAAGAAAAAAAGGGCUUAAUGGCAAUGAACAGUUUUAAGAAAACUAUGGAAAACAAUGCUUAACAUGAAAUGUAUCGUGAUGGUCAUAUUUUCUUAUAUUCUGUGAGACAAGUGUAUACUGUAUAAUGGGAGGGGAUUCGACUUUUGUCUUUUUGUUCCUUGUUGCCAUGGAGAAUGUGUUAAAAGAAUUAGUGAUAUCUGAUGAGAUUUCCCCUGUCAAAUGCCUCUCUCCAUAAAAGGGACAAGCGGCAGUGUCCCAAUGUUGUGAACUGACAAAGAAUCCAUUAGAAUGACACUGAGGAUGGAGAGUGGCAACGGUUUAGCUGUACAGUGCCAAGUUAUGUAUAUAGACAAACGCUUUACAUUGAGGGGUUUCUCCUGAAGCAAUAUCUUGAAAAAUAAUUUUGUUUAUUAUUGUACUGUACAGGACUCAGCCCUAAAUGUAUUGCAAUUAUUAUGAUCAUGCUAAUAUUUUAAUUGAUUUGUAUUGCUAUUAUGAAGACACUUAAACUUGGAGGAAAAAAACAUUUCUUUUUUUUAUAAAAUAAGUCUUUAAUCUCACCAUACCAUCCCUGACAACAUAGAAGCCUAAGUUAAGUUUUGUUGCCUAUAAAUGAAAUUCAUGUAAAUGUUGUGCAUGAAUGAGAAGAAUGUCAAAAACGAACACAAGAAGGCAUCGGGGCACGGCAGUGACACAGUAACACCCUUGCCACUGAAUAUUGUUAAUAAUAUUGCUUUUAUAAAGGAGUGUACUCCUUGUUUUUUUUGCUGCAAAGUGUUGAACACUAAAAAAGCUAGCCAACUUAAAAAUGUUAUCAUAUUUUUAAGCAGUCAUAGAAACAAAAACCAACCUGUCAUACCAUUAUCAUGUUCCUGUUGUUAUUUUGUUCCCUUUUAAAUAGGACAUGCUUCCGUUUUUUAAUAGCGGUCAUUGUAUGAUGCUUGUACUUGUAUUUGUGUGUUUUCCGUGAUUUCUUUAGUUAUUUUUAGACAAUCACAAAAUAAGAUGCAAGCAUUGUAAAUGGCAGACUGGCUGACAUUUUGUGACGUGUACAGUUUGUCAAAAACCUCCCCCACUCGUUAAAAGUUUGUAAUUAUGAUUCUUAAGUCAUGAAAAUAUGCUGUUGGUUUUUACUUUUUGUUUUAUAUUUGUU